GGCCAGGGUACGGGUGGGGGGUGAAGAAGGGGCCGGCCUUCAAGCAACAGCGACGCAAGAUGGCAGCCACCACGGGCUCGGGAGUAAAAGUCCCUCGCAAUUUCCGACUGUUGGAAGAACUCGAAGAAGGCCAGAAAGGAGUAGGAGAUGGCACAGUUAGCUGGGGUCUAGAAGAUGACGAAGACAUGACACUUACAAGAUGGACAGGGAUGAUAAUUGGGCCUCCAAGAACAAUUUAUGAAAACCGAAUAUACAGCCUUAAAAUAGAAUGUGGACCUAAAUACCCAGAAGCACCCCCCUUUGUAAGAUUUGUAACAAAAAUUAAUAUGAAUGGAGUAAAUAGUUCUAAUGGAGUGGUGGACCCAAGAGCCAUAUCAGUGCUAGCAAAAUGGCAGAAUUCAUAUAGCAUCAUUGUCCUGCAAGAGCUUCGGCGCCUAAUGAUGUCUAAAGAAAAUAUGAAACUCCCUCAGCCGCCCGAAGGACAGUGUUACAGCAAUUAAUCAAAAAGAAAAACCACAGGCCCUUCCCCUUACCCCCAUUCGAUUUAAGCAGU